AUGUUGGCCUCAGGUCUUCGCUUGCUACUCUUCCUGGCUGUUAUCGGCCGCGGCCUCUGUGCUCCUCAGACACGAACGUGCAAAGCCUACCCCGGUACUCCCUCUUGGCCUUCGGCUCAUGCUUGGGCUUCACUCAACAAGACGCUCAAUGGACGGCUCCUCCAGCCUGUUCCUCCUGGCGCAGUAUGCCAUCCCGACCAGCCUACCUUCAAUUCGAGCCAGUGUUCCGAGGUAGCCGAAGAAUGGAAGACGUACGAGUUCCACGUCGAGAGUCCAAUCUCCGUCAUGUGGGACAAGUUCGAUAACUUCACCUGUCUACCAGAGGAAGAUACACCAUGCUCUCCUUCGGGCUAUCCCGCGUAUGUGGUGAACGCAUCAAAUGCAGAACAUGUCAAGAUCGGGAUAGACUUUGCUCGCAAGCACAAUGUUCGUCUCAACGUCAAGAGUACCGGCCACGACUAUUUGGGACGCUCCAACUCUCCAGGCUCGCUAUCUAUAUGGACCCAUCAUCUCAACACGAUGACAUACAACAAGGUUCAGUACAAGCUACAUGGCUCUGGCAAAGUCCUCCAGGGCAACUCCAUCACUGUUGGUGGCGGAUCUGAGAUGUACAAAAUAUACGCUGCCGCAGACAAGCACAACGAGACCAUUGUUGGAGGAGGCGGAAAGACGGUCGGCAUCGGAGGCUACAUCACUGGGGGCGGGCACUCGGUUUUUGCACCAAAGUAUGGCCUGGCCGCUGACAACGUGUGGGAGUUGGAGAUUGUCACUCCAGGAGGAGACAUUGUCGUAGCCAACGAGGAUCAGCAUCCGAACCUAUUCUGGGCAAUGCGAGGAGGAGGUGGCUCAACCUUUGGCGUCAUUACCUCAGUCACACUCAAGACGCAUCCGAGCCCGAAGAUUCUGGGCCUGCUUUACGGGAUCAUUACUGAUCCCAAAGAAACCCUCGUCUACGAUCUCAUUACAUACAUCCUCUCCCAAACACCAUACCUCAUGGCGCAGGGCCUCUCCGGCUACAACUACCUCACGAGAGACAUGGCGACGCCGAUCCAGCUGCCAGGAGUUCCUGAUCGCAUAGCCGGGUUUCUAGGCUCCUCCGUCCUCCAAGACGUCCAAAGUCCCGACGCCGUCGAACAGCUGUUCAAGCCUCUCAAUGACACCAUUCGGAAGCGCUGGGCAGACAAAGUCCAGUUCUUUGUCCUCCCAACUGCCUACGACUCCUGGCUAGGCUGGUUCGACAACAACUACGACACCGACCCUGCCGGCGGAAGCCAGUACCUCGUCUCCCGACUAUUGGAUGGCAAGGCCUUGACGAAAAGCCCAGAUAAGCUCAAGAGCGCUCUUCAAGCGGCAAUGGCUCCCAUCGGUACCAUUGCAGCCUUUAUGGUAGGUGGCAAGGGCGUCCACAAAGCGAAACCCAGGGGAGGCAGCAAUGCCGUCAACCCUGCAUGGAGGAAUGCAUACAUCCAUGUCCUAACCAGCCAACCGUUCGGACCGUUCAACAAGACUGCCGAGGAGCAAGCUAUUGCGACUCUGGACAGCGAGUUCCAGCCCCUUCGCGAUCUGACUCCCAACUCCGGCGCGUAUAUAAACGAGGCUUUCCCUUUCGAAAAGACUUGGCAGAAGACUUUUUGGGGUAGCAACUAUGCGCGGCUCCUCCGCAUCAAACGCGAAAUCGACCCGACCGAUAUUUUCUGGUGCUCGCCAUGCGUGGGAAACGAGAGAUGGGAGGUACAACAAGAUGGGAAGCUGUGUAGGAAGUAG